CCUUUAUUUCUUUUUAAAAUGGACCAUUGAAUUUCUUUGUCUAGACUUUGGAUUUGGACUGAUAGUACUCUUCGCUGUAUGAAUAAUUCUUUAUUCGUUUUCGGAACAGUAAGAAUUUGAUGCUCAAGAGGAAACGCUAGUUGGGCCUUAUCCGCCGACAGACGACAGUCAACACUCCCAAGAUGGCGGAAGAAGCACCUGACGACCGCGCAACUCCACUCCUCCACCGCCAGUGGUGGCGGAGGCACCUCCACGCCCUCUCGUUUUCCGAUUCGCUCCGUCUGAAAACCUCUAUACCCGCCGAGCUCGGCGGAUCCGUCGGCGACCUCGGCACCUACAUCCCCAUAGUCCUAGCCCUCACUCUAGUCAAUAAUCUCGACCUUAGCACAACCCUAAUCUUCACCGCCCUCUACAAUAUCGCCACCGGCCUCAUCUUCGGCAUCCCCAUGCCCGUCCAGCCUAUGAAAUCCAUCGCCGCCGUCGCCGUUUCCGAAACCCCUCACCUCACUCUCCCCCAAAUCGCCGCCGCCGGGUUGUCCACCGCCGCCUUUCUCCUCAUUCUCGGCGCCACCGGUCUCAUGUCUGUCUUCUACAGAAUCAUCCCCCUGCCCGUCGUCCGCGGCGUCCAGCUUUCCCAAGGCCUUUCCUUCGCCUUCUCCGCCAUCAAAUACGUUCGCUACAACCAAAACUUCACCUCUACCUCCGCCAGCAGCUCCACUCCUAGACCUUGGUUAGGCUUCGACGGGCUUAUCCUUGCACUAAUCUGCCUCUCGUUCAUCAUAUUAGUCACCGGAUCCGGAGAAGCAGUCGAAGAAGAAUCUGAAAUUUUGUGUCAGGGAACUGCUGAAGAAGAGCGGCGCAGAGUAAACCGCCGAUUGAGAACGCUGUCGAAAAUUCCGUCAGCCCUAAUUGUGUUCUUAGUCGGGUUAAUCCUCUGUUUCAUCCGCGAUCCGUCAAUCAUACACGGAAUCAAGCUCGGUCCGUCAAAAUUCCAGGUCCUAACAAUCACAUGGGAAGAUUGGAAAACCGGGUUCCUCCGGGGAGCAAUUCCUCAAAUUCCAUUAUCAGUUUUAAAUUCAGUUAUAGCAGUUUGUAAGCUAUCAGCAGAUUUGUUCCCAGAAAGGGCUGGAUCGGCAGCUAAAGUAUCGAUCAGUGUAGGGUUGAUGAACAUGGUAGGGUGUUGGUUCGGGGCAAUGCCGUGUUGUCAUGGUGCAGGAGGGUUGGCUGGGCAGUACAGGUUCGGUGGCCGCAGCGGGUUGUCUGUGGUGUUUCUGGGAGUGGGGAAGCUGGUUGUCGGUUUAUUGAUCGGGAAUUCAUUAGUUAGGAUCUUGAAGGAAUUCCCGAUCGGGAUUCUUGGAGUGCUCCUGUUGUUUGCUGGGAUAGAAUUGGCUAUGGCUUCGAGGGAUAUGAACACAAAGGAAGAGUCUUUCGUGAUGCUGGUCUGUGCUGCCAUUUCUCUCACAGGUUCAAGUGCUGCACUGGGAUUUGUGUGUGGGGUUUCACUCUUUCUGGUGAUCAAACUUAGGCGCUUGGCUUGCUCUACCCUGGGCUUUACCUCCUCCUACUCCUAGCUUUUAGGGCAUAAGCCUCAAAAUGUUCUGUUAAUAUAACCUUUAAGUCUUUAACUUCUUGGGCACACUAGAGUGUUAAUUGAAAAUAAAACAUAUGUGGCUAGGAUUAAUAAAAAAAGGACUGAAAGUCUGAAUUCUACUAUAUUAAUAGUGUGGCUUGGAUUAAGAAAAAGUUCAAUGGAUCAUCAGUUCUGAGUAGGAAGAUGAAAUUUUUAGAUGCUGUGAGAUUAGUGUGAUCAUCCCAUUUUGAUUAAAUGGAGUCCUUAGUAGUAUUUUAUCUAUGUGCGUGUGUAAUGUUGAGUGCAACUUUAGAAAUCACAUGAAAUGCCUACUUGCAUGAGCUAUCAUAUCAUGCAUUCUCUUUUACUACAGUACUGUUGAUCUAGUUCUUAACAUUUUUAUGAUAAAUAAUGAAAAACAACUUUCUUUUCUAGUU